AUGGCAGGGCAAAUAGCAACUCCCAAUAAUCCGACAUUACCAAUAACAGUUCCUGCGAAUGAUAUAGAUCAGAUAAGAUUAAAUUUAGGUACUACCGGUACAACAGAUAAUAUUCUUCGGAAUGUAGCAAUACCAGUGGAACCAGUUACGGUACCACAACGGAACGAUUACGAUUUACCACCUGUAAUGACAGCAGCCAAAUAUGGUGCAUUAUUUCCACAUGUUGCUACACGAGGAAAAGAUCUUCUUCAUAUAUUAGUACAUGGUGCAGCUAAUUUACCUUUUGUUGAUGGCCGACCACCACGAUGUUAUGUCACAGCACAAAGUCGUUCGACAAUGGCAACACAAGAUAUUGGAGAAACAAUAAAUGCAACAAAUGUUAUGGAAGGUAUUUCACCUCAUUGGAAUGAAAUGAUAUAUGCUGAUAUAUUUGAAGAAACUAAUCAUGCUGAAGAGGUUAUUAUAUUGAUUAUUGAUGAACCACGACAACGAACAAUAUCUGAACAUCGUUUUCCAUGGCGAUGGUUAGAACCAUUUUAUCAAUAUCAUAUAAAUUUACAACAUACAUCAAAACAAACAGCUCAAACAACAUCUCUAUUUUUAUCUAUAAUGCGUAAACAAAGUACUCUAUCAAAAGAAGAUAUUCGUUAUUUUGGUUUGGAAGUUUUACUUAAUCGAUUUGAUGUAACAUUACCAAAAAAACGUGUUUUAUAUGCUGUUGCACGAAUUAUACCUGAUUAUGAAACUUAUAAACAUGAUUAUUUACGUAAUCUUGAUAAUCCAAAAUUGGGUAUUGAUUUUAAAAAAAUAUAUGUUCCAACAGCUCAAGAUUUUGCUGUAUCUGAUUAUUCAUUUACUGGUUAUCCUCAAACAUCAUUAGCAUCAAAAGAAUCAAAACUUCCAACAUGGAUGCAUAAUUAUUUAUUUUCACAUGAACAUGAAAAAGAUAAUAUGUUUUCAAAUAAUUCUGCAAUUGUUAUUGAAUUUUAUCCAUUUCAACCAAUUUCUAAUAAUCCAAAUUGGCGUAUAAAAACAUUAAUUGGAUGGAUAACUAUUCGUUUAGAUACACGAACAUAUGAUGCAUUAACAGCACCAAGUUCAGCUGAAGGAAUGAGAACAGAAGGACUUGUGGUUGAAAGUGAUGGUGAAUUAGUUUCAGAAAAUACAAAAUAUUUAACAGCUGAAGUAUUACUUCGUCUUGUAUCAGAAAGACAUCCAGGAAAAAAUCUUCUUGCAUAUGCAGCUAGUAAUCUACCAAUUUUACCUUCAUAUUAUGUUGAAGGUGUUCGACAUGGUGGUGCUCCACCUGUAUAUAUGCAAGUUACUGUACCAAAAAAAAAUUUUCUACCUGCAAUACAAACACCAGUAACACAACCACCAAUAACACAAACACCAAUAACACAAUCUAUUAUAAAUCCAUCAAUACCAUUAGGUCAACCAACAAUGCUUGCACCACAAUUCUAUCAACAACAACCAUACGAAGUUGUACCAACACUUCAAUAUGUAGAUCGACAAGAUGGUGUUCGUUUUCGUAUUCCACGUGUUAAUCUAUAUGAUUUGGAUGAUAUUCCAACAGAAUAUCGUGCAAUGUUGGCAACAAAUUAUCCACCACGUCGUGAUGAUGAUAUUGAUGGUUGGUUUGAUUAUUUUCAACGUGAAAUAGCUGUUUAUAAACAAGCUAUUCGACGUGUUAUACAAGAUGUUGCACAAUUACGUGAUCAACAUAAAACUUUAACUGCAGCAAAUAAUGAUUUAAAAGUUAAAUUGGAAAAUUUUGAUAAGAAAAAAAAAGUUUUAUAUGAAAUAUUUGAAGGUGAUAAAAUUGAUAAAGCUAAAAUGCAAGAUAUAUUUAAUCGUUUAUCUGCAAAAAUAUCUGCUCAAGGACUUGAAUUAAAAGAAAAUCAUGCUAAAAUAAAUAAUUAUGAAAAAGAAUUAGCUCGUAGAAGUGAAUUACGUGCUCAAUAUGAUGCAUUAGUUCGAACAACUCAAGCACGUGAAUUAGAAAUUAAAGUAAUGAAAGACCGUUUAUUAAAAGCUGAUGGACUUGAAGAAACAGUUCGACGACAAGAACUUGUUAUUGAAAAACUUGAAGCAAUGAUUACUAAUUAUUUAAAAGAAAAACGAUUAAAAGGAGCAUUCAAUGAUGUUGAUCGAACUUUCUUAUCUGAACAUGCUGCACUUGGAUUAGAAACUCAACAACUUCAAAGACGAAUACCUCCAACACGUUAUUCUGCAACAGUAACAAAUCAACGUGAUGAUCUUGUACGACAAAAUUUACUUUAUCAACAAGAAUUAGCUAAUCUCAAAGCACGAUUUCAAGAAAAUGCUUCCGCAUGGGGUAGAGAAAAAGCUGAACUUCUUACAAAAAUUAAUGAUAUUGAUCAACCAUUCAAUACUCCAAGACCACGAAAACUUGAACCUCUUUAA